AUGGCUGAUUUCGACAGGUCAUUGCUUCAGCAAACUCUUCCGGAAUAUUACCGGCGACUUUUCCCGUUCGGACCUCUUAGCAAAUGGCUAACAUAUGGAAAAGAUCUGCAAGUCUCAUUUCAAAUGCGAGAGUUAGCAUUCAUUUUUGAAGACGAUCGGCAUGUGCGGUAUCGCAGUUUUGAAGACAGUACGGAAUUCGAACGAGAGCUGUGCAAAGCAAAUCCCCAAAAGAUCGAUAUUGGUGCAGUUUAUAACUAUAAACCGAAAGAUCAUAAAAAAUUUGCCAAUUUUCGUCCAGUUGAACGCGAACUCAUUUUUGAUAUUGAUCUAACUGACUAUGAUGAUAUCCGGACAUGCUGUUCAAAAGCAAAGAUAUGUAGGAAAUGCUGGAGGUGGAUAUGCAUUGCAGUGGGCGUCUUGGAUCAUCUGCUGCAAAGACAUUUCGGUUUCAAGCAUUGCUUAUGGGUAUUCUCUGGUCGCCGCGGUAUCCAUUGCUGGGUCGCUGAUGCUGCUGCACGGAAGCUUCAGAAUGCCGGUCGAAUGGCAGUUGUCGAGUACCUAUCUCUGAUUACUGGCGGACAGAAAGUUUCAAAAGCAGCGACAAAACGUACGUUCGUUCAUCCCAUGCUAGAAGACGUGUACAGCUACUUGGUGCAAAGCUCAGAUGUAAGCAAACUAAUGUUAGAGCAAGGCUGGAUGAGCAAUAAUGGACUGAUGUCGUUACUGGAUGGUUGUGUAAACGAAGAAGUUGAAAAAGAAAUCACAGAGAUUAUAGAUGAAGUGAAAAAUGUUGAUUGUUUGGAGAGAAGAUGGAAUGCUUUACGAAUCAAAUUUGACAAAUAUAAACGUGCUGAACUUAAGAAGAAUGGAAUUGAAUUGUGCGAGGUAGCCAGUCUUCAGUCAUCAUUCCAUUUCCGUGGUUACGUGUUGCAGCAUGCGUAUCCUCGUCUUGAUGUUCAUGUUUCUGUAGGAAUAAAUCAUCUGCUUAAAAGUCCGUUCUGUGUCCAUCCUGAAACUGGACUUAUAGCCGUACCUAUUAAGCCAGAUCAAAUAUCUGAUGUGAAUUUUGCAAAAUUGCCUCGCAUAGACACUUUACUACAUGAAAUUUUGAAAUUGCAUCAAAUUGGCGAAACAAAGAAAGACCGGAGGAAUUUCGAAAUCAAGCAUUGUUCGUUGGGACCAUAUGUCGAGACGUUUGAAAAUUUUGUAAACAAUUUGAUUUAUGAUGAGCAACAGCAUUCAUAAUCAACAAAUCGG